CAUGUCAAGGGGUCGGUUUGCGGUACUAUGAGGAGGAGAGCUGUUACAGUCAUCCGUUUUCGAGGGUAGUCGAGCCCUUUGGGUCGUUGUAGUCAAUUAGGCCAUUAAUUGGUCCAACUCUGCACAUUUGCUUUCCGCUCUGAGUUCAUCUGACGACGGAAUGGCGGAUUGGAAGAUGCCAGUAAAUUACAACUUCAACCCGUCUUAUCAUGCGUAUGCAUACGGGCUCGUGUACCCGCAAGUGUCUGAGCACGGCCACCCGAAUCUCAGCUGGGCCGAGGCUGCGUACACUCACUCCGGCGGGGUCACCGCGACCUAUUACUCCGCGCAAACCGCACAGCAGUCGCCGCCCUGGAGCCCGGAGAACGGCAGUGUCGGCGCCUACGGCCACUAUCCGAGCCACGCGCAGAACGGGCGGCUCUUCCUCUCCUACAGUAAGACUGAGUCCGAUCCGAAGCCGAAAGACGCAGAGCAGGCCGGCAGCGAUACACCCAGUGAUACAGAGGCCCAUACGCCAGAUUCCUGGAGCUCGGGCAGCAGUCGUGAGGGGGCCGCUCUGACCAACCUCAAUCUUCAGUCCUGGGGAGAUCGGGACUAUGAGACGGACAGUGGCAGUCCUGACAGUGGAGAGCAGAUCUCAAACUCCAUCUCUGCAGCAAGAGAGGAGCCAGUGAGCCUGAAUCUGGGGGUGGAAGCCUUGCCUCCACUGCCUGCAUUGACCACAUCUACAGCCCGACCUCCAACCCAGACCCGCAAGACCCGGGCUGCCUUUUCUGAGGAGCAGAUGAGUGCUCUGAUCCACCGGUUCAAUAUCCAGAGAUACCUCACGCCCGCAGAGAUGAAGACGCUUGCUGGAGCAACGGGUCUAACGUACAAACAGGUGAAAACGUGGUUUCAAAACCGUAGGAUGAAACUCAAGAGGCAUCAAAGAGACAGUAGUUGGAUGACGGAGAGGUAUGUCGUCAAUGCCAUACCCAGCACACCAGCUGCUCACUCUCAGGGCUCCAUGAGGACCUGGUCCACGAGUCUCUUCCCCAUGUGA